AUGCCUCCAAAGCGAAAGCGUUCUGGGGCCCCAGAUGGCGGGCGACCUUCACCCCAUCGGCCUGGUGACACGGGUCUCGGACAGCAUGACAGAGAAGAUAACGGCGGAAGAAGCCGUGGUCGAGGUAAUCAAAGAGGUGGUUAUAAUAACCGACGCGACUCGUCGCAACAUAGUCACAGGGGCCCCCGCAACCAAUCUCAGAACGGCUCACCAGUCAUGGGACGAUCAACCAUUCCACCGCAGGCCGUGUCUCCCACCAUGGGGCGAUCCAACUCGACCUCACAGUCAAUGCCCCCUCCACCGACAUCGCCACCUCCAUCUUUAUCACUCGGACAGCCAGUCAUGAAGACCCCAGCCCCGGCUACAGAACCGACAGCCGAUCCCAACACAGCCAAGCUUUCUGCGGUCGAAUACCGAUACAACACUUUAACCGACGAAAUUCUCCGCGAAUGGACCGAGCGAGGUCGAACAGAAGUCAUCGAGCAUGGUUGUCAGUCGCGUGAGGACGAGGAUAUCACAGAACUGUCUAGCGUCUUCCAGGAAUUUAUUCACUCCGUCAUCACUGGCAGGCUGGACCCUACUGAUGCAGGAGCUUGCGUAAAGGAAAUUCUGGGCCAACAGCCUAGCGAAGAGUCCGCGGACGCUGAUUCUUUCGCAAACCACUCGCUCUUCUUGGACUCGCUUUCGAUAAUCUUGGAAAUCGGCGCCAAUGAGUAUCAGCCAUCGCUCGCAGACUUUCUCAAGGCAACCGAAAUUCCUGUAUCACUCAUGCGACAAGUCUUGGAAGGCCCAGUAUUGACUCAGCUUGGUCUAGUCCGUACAAUCUUCCAGAGAACUUUGGUCAGACAUACCACCAACCUACUCUACCGUCAAUCCAACUUCAACCUCCUCCGUGAGGAGACAGAGGGCUACUCCAAAUUGAUCACCGAGCUUUAUACGACCAGCGAUGUUCUUCCCGUUGACAUGGCUGUGCAGACAUUCGAAAAAAUCAAGGGUCUUAUUGGAACCUUUGAUUUGGACGUUGGCCGUGUGCUCGACGUGACCCUAGACGUGGCCGCCGCAGUUUUAGUUAAACAGUUUCGAUUCUUUGUUAAACUGCUACGGGUUAGUUCUUGGUGGCCACGCUCGCAUUUGAAAGCCUCAGACACUGGGUUUAUUGGCGGCCUCCCCACCUGGGCUACUCCCGGAUACCCUGACUGGAAUACCACAGAGGAGGAUGAAGCGAAGAAUGCACAGUCGAGACUGGCCCGAGAUAUUGCGUUUUGGGAUCGAGCCCGCGAGGUUCAGCUCCAGGCCUUCUUCGAAUUAGGUGGAAGACGACCCUCGCCUUCAUCCGAACGUGAUCUGGCAACCACGAACGGAGACAGCGGUGAAGAGGCCGUGCUUGAUUCCCAGAUGGAAUGGUUGAAGGCAACCAAGACAAUGCCACCAGUUGGCAACCGCGUUGCCGCUCAAUUACUUGGCUUCAAGCUUCUGUUUUAUUACUCAGACACCAGAGACCCCUCCGACGUGCUCCCUGCUAACCUCCUCUAUCUGGCUGCUCUUCUAAUCAAAAUCGGAUUCAUCUCUCUUGCUGAUCUCUGGCCACACUUGUCUCCAGCCGAUGACAACAUGGACAAAGUCCGCGACCAGAAGCUCAAAGAGAUGGAAGAGAAGGAGAGAAAGGUUCGUGGAGGUGGCCAGAUGAAUGCGCUGCUUAUGGCUGGUGCAUUGCCUCAAGAUGACGAUGGACCACCCUCAGCACCAGCACGAAGGGACGCAAAACGCCCAGAAGCCGAGCCCAAACCGGACGCCAAGAAGACCAACGAUCCCAAGUCAGACGAUCCGCAUGAGCAGAAAGUUACGCUUCUUACUCAACUCCUUACUAUUGGAGCCAUACCCGAGGCUUUAUUCAUACUCGGCCGUUUCCCUUGGAUUCCGGAGGCUGUCCCCGACGUUAUUGACGGGAUACACCGCAUCCUUCAUGUCUCCUUAGAAAAGGUGUACAGUGAUAGCUGCCCUAUUAAGGCAAUACCAACAGACUGCCCUACGAAACGAGUUCCCGACACCGACCAAAAUGGUGUGCCCAAGGGCACCGUCAAGCUCACGUCUCUGACAACUAAAAAGAUUCUUCGAUGGCCUACCCCCGACAAGAACGACCAUAACGAGACGCAAGAUUACCACUAUUAUUGGGAUGAGUGGACCGAUAACGUCCCUGUGUGCCAAAGUGUAGAUGACGUCUUCACCUUGUGUGACACAUUCAUCAACCUGUCAGGUGUAAACAUUGGCAAGGAUGAGGCUCUGCUUGCUAAAUUGGCCACAAUCGGUUCGAAGAGCUUACAUGAUGAUUCAUCAGAAAAUAAUUUGAACCGCUGGCACAGCCUGCUUCGAAGAUUGCUAGUACCUGCUCUAAGUCAUACCAAGGCUAAUGGCUCUGCCGUCAACGCAGUUUGGGCUCUGUUGAAGCAUUAUCCAAUCCAAACCAGGUACUCUAUCUACUCUGAGUGGUUCGAGGGUCAAGUUUCGCGUAUCCCUGCCAUGCAAAAGGCCUUUGCGCGGGCCAAGUCAGAGACUCAGGCAACCAUGAAACGAGUUUCAUUGACGAACCUGGGUGAAAUGGCCAAGAGACUUGCAAAGACAAGUUUAUCUUCUCCUGGAAUUGUCUUCAGAGUUGCCUUCGAGCAGCUUGAAUCCUACCCCAACCUGAUCGAGGCCUUCGUUGAAUGUGCCAAAUACUUCACUGAGUUAUCACAAGAAGUCCUUGUCUGGUCAUUGGUGAAUUCCCUCGGAAAGUCUCGAAGUCGUACUCAAGCAGACCACGCCCUUACAACUAGCAAAUGGCUAUCAGCCCUUUCCAGGUUCACGGGCAAGGUUUUCCGUCGAUAUGCUACGCUUAGCCCAACACCGGUUCUUCAAUAUAUGAACAAGCAACUCUCUCAGGGAAACUCAACGGAUCUGAUCAUUCUCAAAGAAUUGAUUUCCUCAAUGGGCGGUAUUGUUGACACAGCCGAUUUCACCGACUACCAAAUCCUAUCCAUGGCUGGUGGAGAGGUGCUUCGCCGCUACACUCUUAUUCGGGGCCAGGAUCGACGAUUCGACAAUGUUCGGAGCUCUCAACGUUUGGCAAAGGCCCUCACUGAAUCAAAACUCGCUGGUUUGGUAUUGGUCAAUCUUGCUCAAUUCCGACAGGCAGCAAUCUUCCAAGUUCCGGAAGAUGAGGCACAUAUCAAGUAUCUAUCCUCUCUCAUUGACGAUACCCAUCAAAUUUUGAUACAAUACCUUGAUUUCCUCUGGAGCAAUCUCGACGCAACUUCAUACGAAGCAGCCGUGCCGCUGAUUCCUCAACUCAUGACUUCUUUCGGCCUAGACGCCAGCCUGUCCUUCCUCAUUGGCAGAGCCAGUUUCUCUGCCAAGAUGUUCCCCCCAGUGUCAAAAAAAUUGGCAGAGGGAAAGGCUACAGAAAAGGGAACCGAGGUGGACAAAGAUGGUGAUGCAAAGAUGGCCGAGCCCACUGGAACUUCGAAGCAAGAUUCUUCCUCCAAAGAGAAGGACAAAGCCGCUUUAGAAGAGGAGAAGCGAAUUGCCGACUCGGCUCAGAUCCAAGCCAUGCUUCAGCCAACGGUUGAAGCAGUACGCGAGAAUUUGUCCACAGAUGUAUGGGAAAAGUUCACGCCAGAACUCUACGUCACAUUCUGGGCACUCCAGCUUGGUGAUAUAUUCUGCCCCGAUAAGAGUUACAAAGCCGAGAUUACCCGGGUGAAGAAUGAAGAGCUCGCCCUCUCCAGGGACCGCUCGAGUAUGAACCACAAGAAUCAAGAACGCAAGUAUGAGAAGAGAAAGGAGCUCAUGAAUCUCUCUAUCGGUCUCCAAGAAGAGCAAAACGCACGUAUCCAACGCCGAACCCGGUUCAGGUGGUACCUAACGAGACAAUUCCAAACCUCCUUCCCUGAACCCAGACCGACAGCCGAGAGCAUCGCCGACUUGCUCCUCGAGCAGUGCUUCCUUCCAAGGCUUGUUCUUUCACCAGCUGACGCUGAGUACACGUAUCGAUUUAUCAAGUCUCUCCAUGAAUGGAAUGCACCUGGUUUCAAACUCAUGGCUCUGUAUGAUCGACUGUUCAAUGCCAACCGCCUUCGGUCAAUCAUCUUUUCGUGCACUGUCAGAGAAGCCGACCAACUGGGCCGCUUCCUCAAACUCAUCUUGGAAGACCUCUCCCGAUGGCACAAAAACGAUCCCAUCCCAGGAGACAGAGACAGGCAACGUCUUGGGGCGUAUGAAAGGGAGGGCAAAGGUCAGGGUGACCAAGCCCAUUUGGGCUUCGCACUUACUGUGGAUGACAAUGGCAAGCCCGAGACCUUUGUCGAGCAUGCCGAGUUCCAGGGUCACUUAUUCCGGUGGCACAAGAACUUAAACACCGCCCUCAAGUCAUGCCUCGGGGGCACAGAGUGGAUGCAUAUUCGAAAUGCCAUCACGGUGCUGAAGUGUGUCCUGGACUUUUUCCCGGCCAUCGAUUUCAUGGCAACUCAAUUCUCGAGCCAGCUUCAGAAGAUCACCAAGCAGGAAGCGGCUUCCAAGACUGCCACUGAAGGGGAAGAGGCUCACCGUGUGGAUUUGUCCGUCGCAGCCCAGGGUGCUUUAUCUGAACUUCAGAAGAGGAAGCCAAAGUGGAUUAUGGUACAGGCUUUCCGGCCUAACUCGGUUGGCGGCGCCCAAGCAGAUGGUGAUAAAUCAAGCCUACGUCCCACAGCUACAGAAUUUAAACCGACCACUCCCAACGCUCCUGUUCAGCAAACGACUGCUGAGGCAGAGGAUGGUGAGGUUCAGGAUGGGAAGCGAAAGUCCCGAGUUGUCUCCUCAAGCAACAAUGAGACUGCCUCCAAUGACUCUCUGCCUCCCAAGCCAUCAGGUCCUAGCCGAGAAACUGCAAGGCGAGAGGCUACACCAAGUGCACCUGCACCGCGCGCUCCGGCUCCAAAGAAUGACCCUCGUGCUAAUUUGCCAAACCAUCCGCCCCCAAGCCUUCCAAGUCGCCCAGACGUGCCGAUUCCCGGUCACUACUCGGAAAGGUACAACCAGUCACGCACUCAUGAUCGCCGAGAAACCAGAGAUCCCCGAGAUCCCCGAGAAUCCUGGAACUCGAGAGAACCUCGUGAGAGCCGCGAUCCACGAGAUGUCCGUGAGCCUAAAGAACAUCACGACCCACGAAACAACUGGCCAAAGGAUGUUGAGUUCCACGACCGAGGUCGUGAACACACCGACCGACGACAGCAUGACGGCCGUGAACCUCAUCGCCCAGAAGUCUCGUCUCGCAAUGGCCCAGAGAGGGAUCGACCACCACGAGAAAGUCGGGGUGCGAAGAACCAGGAAGAGCCAAAGAAGGAUCUAGUGGCACCAUCAAAGACAGAAUCACCCUCAGCCUCUCAAGAGCCUGCAAUGAAUCCCGAGCGAGCAGCACUGUUCCGCCAAGACAACAAGGAUUGGAACCCGCGUCGCCAAGAGGCGGAGCAACCAGCAAGGAAUCGAAGGCAACCUCAAGGCGAAGCACCUUUGGACAAUGUCAACCCAGACCGUGCUGCAUUGAUAGGAGAUAAAGCAGACGGCACACCUAGCCGACAGCCACGGGAAGAUGGCCGGGAACGAGCGGCAAGGGGCCACUCAGACCGGCAUGCACCUCGUCAUGGCCACGAUAACCCUCCGCCAACAGAACCGGCCCAUGAGGAACGACCAGUACGACCGUUUCCUCAAGACCACCGCGGCCCUUCUGGAAGAGAUCCCCGAGAUCGGUCCCCUCACCCUAGCAGUUAUCGUGGAGAACGACCACUUGACCGUCCUAGCGGUGAUCGCGGGGCUAAUGAGAAGAGCAGAGAUGCUUCGGGCUUUCACCGUCCCGGCUCCCGUGGCCAAGAACAUGAACACCGCGGGCCAGCUUUUGAGGAGCCCAAUUAUGGUCGCUUGAAUCCUGUUGAAGCCGUCAAUGAUGCGCCGUCGGGACCACGCGGUCGUGGCCGGUCGGCUGCUAGAGGUGGCCAUCCGAACGCCGGACUUCCACCAUCUCGACCGGAUAACCGAUACUCACAUGACACCCCUGAGAGACAUCCUCCGACAGGCCCCUCGUCAUCUGGACGUCCAAACCGACGUGGUUAUGAUUCUCAUGGGCCCCCCCAAACACCAUCCAAUGGCUCAAUGCACAAUGAUCGCAUGAGGAACUUCAGCGCCGGCCCAGAAGUGGGAUCUCCAGCUACAGGUGUUCACCCUGAUCGACUUGCCCAGAUGGGACCAGGAAGCAACUCGCAUCCGACUCCGCCUCCUCCACCACCUCCGCCUCCAGGAGGUCCGCCACCACAUGGACGACACUCAAUGGGCUCCAAUAUGACUCCCGAUCGAUCACGUUCUGACCAGAGAUCUUCGAACAAUAUCAAUAACAACAUGAAUGUGACACCAAUGUCCGAGGGUGGAGAACGAUCGCGAGGCGGGAGCAGGAGACAACUGGCUGGCAUCAAUAACAUGCUUCAAGCCAGCAAGCCUGAGCCAACCCGUAGCAGUAGCAGCCGGGGUAGCCGCCCACGCCAAAUGCUGGGCAACUCGGAUGUGCAGGUCCUUACGGGUGGGUCUCCUGGGGCCACCCCGACUCAGGAGCGACCAGAUCCUGUUCGUCACGAAUCCUCUCACAAGGCUCCCAUCAACGGUGACGAGGCAGCUCCAAGAGAGGAGCAUGAUCGAUCUCGUCGUGACCGCGAAUCCCGCUCUGAUAGGCCUAGCAGGUCGUCUCGACGCAGCAGCCGUGAUCGGGACCAUGAGCGAAGUGCAACACGCGAUAAGGACUCCAAGGAGCAUCGCGAGUACCGUGAAAGACGUUCAGGGGCAGGUCAAGAAAGCAAUAGAGAGGAGCGGGAGUCUAGAAGACCAACGCGUGUCGCCAGUGGAAAGGAUUUCAUGCCACCCCCGAGUGGUGGUCGUGAGGUGAUGGGAGCAAGGGAUAGUCGGCAUCGUGGAGAUGGCUCGGCAAGCCGAGGACCACCACGUGAAGGUGGAGGCUCGCGACCAGAUGAACGAAGGGAAAGUAGCGGACGGAAGAGGCGCGGAGACGACGGGGCGGGAAGCAUGGGAAAUGAUCGUGAGAAGCGACCCCGACGAUAA